AUUGAUGAUGUCAUAUCUGACGAAGCUUUGGUGGUGGGGGGGUUACUGUGUAGUGGUGGCGUCCAGCCGGUGUACCUUUCCCUUGCCUGGUCUCUGGAACGUCAUUUCUAAACGAUCUGGUUGCUAAUUAGGGAAGAACCUUUCUUUCGUUUUUGAAAACUUUUGGCUAUGACCUCCAGAGCCAAGAAGCGAAUUGUCCUUCCCACCCGACCUGAGCCACCCAGCAUUGAGCAAAUUCUCCAAGAUGUCCAUGGGGCUAUAGCCUCUGAUCCAGUGUUUAUCUGUGACUUCAGUGAUGAUUCCUCGCUUUCCAAUAAUGCUACUUUAUGUGAAAAGGAGAAGCAGUAUUGGCAGAGCUGCAAUUAUGUGGAUAUGAACAACAAACUAAAGGAAGCUCUGAUCCAGUUGAAGGCAAAAUGUGAUGUGCUGAGGUCUGCAGGGGAAAAACUAGAAGAGGACAUUGAGAAUCUGAGAGAGGCUACCAUGUGAAAUAACCCAUGUGCUGAUCUUUAAGUAAUGCACAUUUGGUCACAAAGAUUAGCAGCAUGCUGAUGUAGAUUCACUACAUUGUCUACAAUGUACUAUUUAAUACUAAACAGUAACUUUACUGGAGCACUGCUGACUUCUGUUAAUAGACGUGUGAAUAUCUCCAAAGGAAAUUUCUACAAGUGGUUUUGGGGAAGAUUUAUCAGUAGAUGGACCCUGCUUUCUGAUAAUACUUUACAAAUAAUUUAGAUAUUUUAAUUUGCAUGUUUUGAAUCAAAGGCCAUUGAUGUCAUUAGAACAUUGCCCACAGAUAAUGCACAUGACAUUUAGGUAUCCAACAUGUGUGCCACUAACUACUUAUAUGACUUCUCCCUGUGGUACUGUUUAGAUGAUGCCCAUGUGGCUGCCAAAAUACUCUGCAUGCUAGAGCAGAAUUGCUACCGUGGCUAUGAUGAGCACCGGGAUAAAACUGCUGGAACACAGGCAAUUGCUUGGACCACUAAUGUUAUCCAGUCCAGCCGAAUAUCAUUCCUUAUUGUGUCAGCUACCUCCCUGAAUGACCCUUGGUUCAAUAAUGUCUCUGAAUGGAGUCUGGUGAACUAUGUAGAUCAAGAAGCUGUAAAAGUUGUGCCAAUCUAUGUGGGAAUAGAUGAAGCACAGAGACCCCAUAAACUACGCUUUCUGACUAGCCUUAACUAUGAUUCCAGUUACUUUCCCAACAGACUUCUGGCUAGCAUGAAACCGAGAAACCGUCACUGACUAUGCAAAUGGGGAUUUUUCUUGCUACGGCUGUGUGUGUGUGUGUAUAUGUAUGUAUGUGUAUAUAUAAUAUAUAUAUAUAUAUAUAUAUAUAUAUAUAUAUAUAUAUAUAUAUAUAUAUAUAUAUAUAUAUAUAAAAAAUAAGCUUUAUUGUGAACCGUAGCAUAUUUGAAAACAGGCCCACACCCCCAUUGUCUUAAAGUGUUUGUAUUUGGUCUUAAAGGAGAAGGAAAGGCUAAUAAAGAGUUAAUCUCAAGCUGCAGGCAUACCUUCAGUUGUCUCAGUAGUGCCCUUAAGUCUCCCCAUAUUUCUCCUGUUCAGAUGAUCAGAAGCCAAACGGGAAAAAAAAACGCUGAGCAGGGUAGAGAAGAUUCCCAUAAUGCAUCAUUCCUUCCAGACUUGGCAGAUUAUGGCAGAUAUAGCGUUUUUACACAGCAAUAGUAGUACUAUUUAAUUGUGUGCUUAAUAGAUUCUGACUUUCCUUGUCCUUUAAGCAUCUUUUAUCAAUUCAUUUGCUGGAUGGCAUGAUGGGUGAUUCUAUGCCAAAGCCAUUAGGCCAAAGAAACAUUUGAUACAGGUGUGUUGUUUUAAAAUGCUUUGGGAAAAAAAAUUUUUGUACCAAGGGACUUACAGUAGAACCGUGAUUUUAUGUACCUGGAUUUUACAUUUUCCUCAAAAUUUACACCAGGAUUUUUUUCAUGGCCUGUGUGUGCCAUGCUAUGUGUGUGUACCCUUCCUGUGUGUGUGCCCCCCAUAUGAAAGCAGAAAAGAUGUAGACAAAGAGAGCAAAUAAUUAAAAAAAAACUAU